CACUAGUCUCACGGGAAAAGGCUGCGUACUCACUUCUGUUCACCCUCCCAUCUGCAGAAAACACUGAGGAUUACCACACGGUACUUUCCAUGACACACCAUGGAUGACCUUACACAUAGACAUGAAUCGAAGCUAAAACUCUCUAAAACUAUCUUUUGCGAGGAAGCUUUUAAAACAAUGGUUGAAUGUUAAGAAAUAUUUUAAAGGAGUUAAUAGAGUGAUAACUGUGUGGUUGACCCAGGUAUAAACUGUUCCAAAAUAUAACCCUGUUAACUAAAAGUCCUUCUUCAGUGACCUCAUUCAGGUGAUAUAUUGUCAGCAGCAGUUAAAAUGGCAGCAUUCGGUGAAAUCAAAGACAGUCAAGAGAAAUAUGAUGUAACAAGAAAAUGUGUUGACUGGAAUCUGUUUUUGAGUAUGUGCGAGUGAGACAGGGAGUGGAAAGGAGAAGUGAUUUGUCUUACAAAGGUUUAGCUAGCAGAAUGGAUCCCCUCCCCUCUGUGACAAAGACAUGACUUGUGCCCAAACGCAGCGUUCAUUUACAUUUCUGCAAACAAUCGGGCAGCACAGACGACAAACGCAUGAGGCCCAAAGAUUUAAAAACUCUCCAAUUAAGAAAUAUGGAUAAAUUAAAUAUGGAUACAUUAGGUAAACUGGCUGCUCCUGCUACAGCAAAAAUCCGGCAGCUUCAGAAGAUCGUUCAAGACAUCAAGAAAAACGACGGCAGCUUACUGAACAAACUUCGAAGACUAAAAGGCAAACCACUUCCAAAGGUGCCUGCGAGAGAUUACAGAGAUGACGACCAACAUUCUGACCCUGAAUAUGAUAAUGACAUGUACGAGGCUCCUCAUGAGGAGCAGGAUGACAGCUACGAGCCUCCUCCCAGCGGCCACAGAGUCUUCGCCACAACUCCCUCUGCUUCCUUCCCAACGGGGGAGUAUCUUGACAACUGCCGUAACCGGCCCCAACGGCCACCCAGGAAGCCCCUCCGCCCCUCCAAACAGCUGCCCCCUGAACCCAGCCAGAUGACGAGCGAUGAGGAAGACUACAUCAAUCCAGAUGGCAGCAACGAUGAUGACAACUACAUAGAGCCCUCAGAGAAUCCUCCCCCCAAUCCUACAAUGCAUGGUGGGACCAGAGCAGGGAGGGACCUUCCCAUGUUGCCUACACCUUCUCCUGAGUGUCCACCCAGUCCCGACCUUUAUGAAGUUCCAGACCAAGAGCAGGAGAAGUCAUUAUCUCUUCCAGUAAACAGACUACCUCCAAUACCUCCAACAAAACAGUCACAUUCAUUACCACCCAGACCCAGCCCCAGGCUGAAUAUGAGGAGAUCUCCUCAUACUGUUCAGGAGCCGACGGGUGAAGAUGAAUAUGAAGUGUGCGAUCCAGACGACAGCUCCAAUAAUAAAUCUGCAGAGGGUCCUCCUAUACUCCUACCCAAGCCUUCGCCCAGAGAGAGGUCACCAAAACCACCUGUAAAGCCGAAGCCAGAGUUGAAACCCAGGGAAUUUCAAACCCAGUUACAUUCUGUAUGGAUUUCCCUAGGCCAAACAUUGCCUCUGAGCCAAACUGAGCCGAAGCCUCAGCAGAAAGCUUUUACGCUGGACAUGAAACGACAAAAAAUUCCUCUUCCACAGUUUACCUCCCUCAAAACAUCUGACAGAGGAAGUGUUUCUGCUGAAAAUGAGUCAACAGACCAAGAUAAGGACGCAGAUGUCUAUAAGAAAUCCUGGUAUGCCAGCUCAUGUGACCGCAAGACUGCCGAUGAUGUCCUGUUUCGCUUGAAUAUGGACGGGGCGUUUAUGGUGAGGAAGAGCUCCGGUCAGGACGCACAGCAGCCCUAUACAUUAGUGGUGUUUUACAAGGGCAGAGUGUACAACAUCCCAGUCCGCUACAUACCGACGACUCAGCAGUACGCUCUGGGCAGAGAGAAGAAAGGGGAGGAGCAUUUCAGCAGUGUCUCCCACAUCAUCGAGAACCACCAGAGGCAUUCACUGGUGUUGAUCGACAGCCAGAAUAACACCAAGGAUGCCACCAAGCUGUGCUACCCCGUGAAGCCCUAGAUGACCCUCACUGAUGGCAAACAGCCAAGAGACUGGACUUAAAUAUUCCAUAGUGCUAUGUGUAGUGUCAAGCUACUUUUCACAGAACUCAUGAUCUCAUGCUUCUCUACUUCACUGUUAAUUUGAGGUCCCGUCAGCAGGACCAUGUGCUGCGCUCGCCUGCAUUGCUGGCCAUGCAGAGCUGAAGUGGCACUGACUCGGAGGACUUUUUAACUUGUUUUAUUAAGGUGUUUGUUUUUUGGUUUUUUUUUUAUGCUCAGUCAGUAAACAGUGUUUAUAAAAUAAAUGCAAGGGAUGAGACAUUGUUGUGCAGGUAGACGGUGAAUGUUUAUGACAGCAAUAUCUACAGGAGCCAGAAAUACAAGUUGUAUAUUAUGUUUUAAUAAACUCUUUUCUUGUGUUGCA